GACAAUUGUACACUCUGCCUCAAUAAAUAGCAGUCCACCCUCUUCUUUCAGCUCACACCUUCAAACUUCCUAGACAGCUAACACCUUCUUUCUCUGCGCCUCUAACAGCGUUGUUGAAAGCUAUGGCUACUUUGACUGUAACCUGCAUUGUUUCUCUGCUGGCUUUUUUGACUCUACAGGCUGAUGCUAGACUCCCAGGCGUUUACACCGGCGGAGCAUGGCAGAGCGCCCAUGCUACCUUCUACGGUGGCAGUGACGCCUCUGGAACUAUGGGUGGAGCUUGUGGGUACGGAAACUUGUAUAGCCAAGGCUACGGAGUAAACACCGCUGCACUGAGCACUGCAUUGUUCAACAGCGGGCUUAGCUGUGGGGCUUGCUUUGAGAUCAAGUGCGCUAAUCAACCACAGUGGUGUCAUUCUGGUAGCCCUUCGAUUUUGAUCACAGCCACAAACUUUUGCCCUCCUAACUAUGCGCUUCCAAGUGACAAUGGCGGGUGGUGCAACCCUCCUAGAGCUCACUUUGACCUUGCUAUGCCUAUGUUCCUCAAGAUCGCUGAGUACCGUGCCGGCAUUGUUCCUGUCUCUUACCGCCGUGUGCCGUGUAGAAAGCAAGGUGGAAUUAGAUUCACAAUCAACGGUUUCCGUUACUUCAACUUGGUUUUGGUCACCAACGUCGCGGGUGCAGGGGAUAUCGUGAAGGUGAGCUUGAAAGGGUCAAAGACUGGUUGGAUGACCAUGAGUCGUAACUGGGGUCAGAACUGGCAGUCAAACUCUGUCCUGGUUGGUCAGUCACUCUCUUUCAGAGUCACAGCCAGUGACCGUAGGACUUCCACUUCAUGGAACAUUGCGCCAUCUAAUUGGCAAUUUGGCCAAACUUUCACCGGGAAGAAUUUCAGGGUGUGAGCUCAAAAGUUUCCCACAAAAUAUGUCAUCCUGUUUCUCUUGGUUUUUAAUUUUUAUAAUUUAAUUUUUUUUGUUUUUAAUUUUCUGGGAAAGUUUUUAUAUGUGGGAAAGAGUAAGAAAAUGCGGGAAAAGUGUGCUGGUGGUGGGGAAACUUUUUGACUUUGAGGUCAUGUUUUUAUGACCAGUUUGUAUUGGAAAAAAAAAGGGGGGUAAAGCAAAAGGUGAAAUUGUAAGGGGCUGAAGUGGCUGCUAGUUUAUAUUAAGCCCGCAGCUUUUCUUACUUUAUAUAUACAAUGAUUAAGUGUUUUAAUUUA